CCCUCACACGUCACAUGAUCCCGGUCACGUAUUCAUGGUUGCCAGAUUUCACCGCGUGUUUUCAGCCUAAUAUAUCAGAAUCAGAAUCAGAACCCUAUAGGGAUUUGUUGCAGUAUGUUUGGGAUACACGGAACUUGUUUCCAGAACAUAGAGACAAGAAUGUCAGCUAACACACAGAAGACCAGAAGCUGUCCCAUUCCAACCCGUGUGAUCCAGUUAAAGGACUGGUCUCAGCUCCCAGACUGUUACAGCCAGACGCCUGGAGGAACCUUGUUCUCCACCACUCCAGGAGGCACUCGUAUCAUUUACGACAGAAAGUUCUUGCUCGAGUGCAGGAACUCGCCGAUCGCUCGGACCCCACCUGGCUGCCUGCCCCAGAUUCCCGGGGUGACCGUUCCUUUGAAUCACCCUCUGGGUAAAUUAGAGGAACUGAAAGAAGAGCUGGAGGAGGACAAGGAUGCUGCAGUUGACGACAGCCAGUUCGAUAUGGACAUUUGAGCCUGUGAUGUGCCUCCUGUGGAGAACACAUUUCUGUUGGGACGCUGCUACAUUUCCCCAUCGACCAGAUCUCACUGGAUUAAACUUUUGGUUCCAUUUGAAGGGUCUUAUCUUAUCUUAAAGUAAUAUAGAAACAAGGGUGUUUUUCAUUUGUUUACAAGUAUUCUUCAGGUAUUUUAUCUUCAGCAGUAUACAAAGAAAAGACUGUGGAUGGCCGUGCAUCCGUUAAAUGAUUCUUAUUGUACAUACCGUACUUUGUAUUUUAUUAUUUUUUUUAAGGGAAGUGAUUAGAUUUAAUUAGAAUAGAGAAAGAAGGGGGUAAUACAUGAUGAUAAACACACCUACGUGCAUAUUUCAAAGCUCUCCCUUAUAUUUGGACGAAUGUAAUGACAAACAUGACAGACUGAACCUGUAAUCGACAGAAUUCACAGUUUAAACAUUUUCACUCUGAUUUAUUUUUCGUUCCUUUGCUCCACAUCAGACAGCUUUCAUUAAAUGGUCAUAUAAACGUGCAUCGAUCGAGUCGAGCGGAUUUUUCCGUUUCAUUCGUCGACACACACGAGUGAAAAAUCAUGUAAAAGAUAUGUAAUGAUUAAAUCAUUCUUUGCUCUUCA